UUUCAAGUUUCUAGUGUGAAAGUUUAACGUUGACUCAUAAAGGAGUUUGAGUUUGACAAUAAAAGCCCCCGAAAUGAACAAAAACAGACUCAAUCUGCUUCGAGACAGAAAGAAAAUGUCGACUGUUUUCCAGCUUGGAGUUUUGCUUCUAUUUGUAGGAGCUGUGCAGUGUGAGGAUCGGCCCUUCGGCGUCAGAGGCCUCGAGGUUAAAUCGUACGAGCGCAAUCUGCAGAAAGCAGACGAGCCACAGGCUUUAUGUGUUGUGUGCAAGAAAAUCGUGCAUGAAGUCUUCAAACUGAUUGGAAAUGAACUCUCAAAGAACAGCAUCAAUGCAGCUCUUAACAAAGUGUGUGCUAAGCUGAAACUUAAACAAGGUUGCAAGACAUUGGUUCAAAAAUACAGAGAUAAGCUGGUUAAGAUCAUCUUGUCUGCCAAGAAACCUCACCUAGUCUGCAAACUUCUCCACCUGUGCAUAGUAUAUGAAAACUAGAUAUUUUCAUCCUUUGUGUACUUUGUGUACUUUUAUGUCCAAACCCUUUCAUAGCCUGAUCUCCUAAUCAACUGCUAUGAAAGUGACUAUAAAAUUAGUUUGUUUUGUAAAAUUUUGCAUUUAGUAAAAAAUAAAAAUAAAAAUAAAAGAAACCUGUGUAUUUUAUUAAAACAUUGUUGUAACACUUCAAUCUGAAUAAACGUGUUCAUUAA